CACCUUUAAAUAUCCUGUUUUUGAUGCUGCUGCUCUGUUUUGUGGCAGGAACCCGAAGAAAUGCCUUUCUGGGAGACAGUUCUGGGUGCCCUUGUAGUGGCCCUGCUGGGGGGCCUCUACCUGUCGGGGUUCUUCCGCAAAAGGCGACCCAAAGAACCUCCUUUGGAUAAAGGACUCAUUCCAUGGCUGGGACAUGCACUACACUUCAGAAACGACAACGUUGAUUUCCUGCAAACCAUGCAGAAGAAACAUGGGGACAUUUUCACCUCGUUGAUCGCAGGGCAGUAUUUCACUUUUCUGAUGGACCCGUUGUCUUUCGGAGCCAUUGUCAAGGAAGCGAGAGCCAAGCUGGAUUUUAUUUCAUUUGCGUCCCAACUUGUCCUCAAAGUGUUUAAGUUUGAGUCCUCUGAAAUGACUCAUAAGAUCAUAGACACCUCCAGCACAAAGAAUCUUAAGGGAGAUGGGCUGGUGGUCAUGACACAAGCCAUGAUGGACGGUUUGCAGAUGGUCCUGCUUCACUGCCAUGGAUCCUCCAAAGGAGAAAAGUCUUGGAAACAAGAUGGAUUGUUCCACUUUUGCUACAACACAGUCUUCAGGGCUGGCUAUCUUGCUUUGUAUGGAAAUGAACCCACUCAGGGUGGAAAAGAGGAAGAGAAAGCCAGGCAACAAGACCUGAAUCACACCGAAGAGGUCUAUGUAGAAUUUCGCAAAUAUGACAAACUGUUUCCGCGCUUUUCUUAUUCCUUGCUGACUCUUGCGGAAAGGAUCCAAGUGAAGAAACUGUGGAACUACUUCUGGGACGUGCUUUCGAUGAAGAACGUGUACCAGAAGGACAACAUUAGCAGAUGGAUAAGCGACCAGGGACAGCAGCUAGCUGAGUCUGGGGUACCAGAACAUAUGCAGGACCGGUUUAUGUUUCUGCUCCUCUGGGCAGCACAAGGUAACACUGGUCCAGCCUCCUUCUGGCUUCUUGUGUACCUUAUGAAAAAUCCCAAAGCCAUGGAAGAGGUGAAGAAAGAAAUAGAGGAGGUCGUGCAAAAUUCCGGUCAGGAAGCGGCCUCCAAAGAGAAGUUGCUCAAUGUCACCAAAGAGAUGUUAAGCCAGACCCCGAUCCUGGACAGCACGGUAGAAGAGACCUUGAGAAUGGCGACAGCCCCUAUGUUGAUCAGGUUGGUGAUGGAAGACAUGGACAUCAAGCUCAGCAAUGGAAGGUCGUACAUGCUGCGCAAAGGAGACAAAAUUGGCCUUUUCCCCUAUUUGUCUGCCCACAUGGAUCCAGAAAUCCACCAUGAGCCUCAUGUUUUCAAAUACGACCGGUUCCUCAGUCAAAAUGGCAACAAAAAAGAAUUCUAUAAGAACGGGGAAAAGGUGAAAUAUUUCACUAUGCCUUGGGGGGCAGGGACCUCCAUAUGCCCUGGACGUUUCUUUGCGACCAAUGAAAUCAAACUUUUUGCCUUUCUGAUUCUCACAUACUUCGAUGUGGAGCUGAUAAAUCAGGAGGAGGAAGUUCCUCCAAUAAACAAGACCCGCUAUGGAUUUGGCGUGAUGCAGCCCUCAUGGGACAUCCAGUUUAGGUACCGAUACCGCUUCUAAAGGCUUGUGUGGGGUAGGCUGUGAUCUGAACACAAACAUCUGAGAUAGCCAGGAAAUUUCACCGGUGACCUGGUUUAUCUUAAAUCUUACUUUCCCACUGUAAUGGAGUUAGCUGGGGGGGGG